GUUUUUUUGCUGACAACAUCUCUGUAUAUUAAUUUUCAUAUCAUUACAAGAUGUUUGUUUCGGCAUAUGUUUUUGGAAUUCUCAUCACUCUGUUUCUGUUACUCAUGAGUUAUUUUUGGAAUAAGAGAAGAAUGUACAGACUGUCCCUAAAGCUGCCAGGACCAAUAUCCUUACCUGUCAUAGGAAACGGAUUACAGUUGUUGUGCUCUCCUGAAGAUAUGUACGACCACUCUUUGGGUAUUUUUCGAAGAUACCCAAGUCCAAUGAGUUUUUGGUUUGGUCCAAAAUUUUCGAUAAUUUUUAAAGAUGCUACACAAGUGGAGGUCGCUAUUAGACUUGGUCAGGAAAAUUAA